CGAGCCAGUCGGUAGCGGCGCGUCUCCCAGGCGCGAGUCGCUGCGAUGAGUCGGCACAAGCGCGUACCCGUGGCGAUGGAGGCCGCGUCGUCGGCGAUCCCGGUGUAUCUCGUACGCGUGCUCGCGGUGUCCCUCGCGUUCCUGUGGCCGGCGUUGAGCGAGGAGACCAGCCUGACCGGCCGUAUGCGGGCGAUCAGCGAGGACCUGGACCGGCAGCUCAACGAGAUAAUGGCCUCGCAGGCGCUCACCUACACGACGGUCAACACCGUCGGGCUGCCCUACAACGCCACCACCAAGUUCAACCCGAAGGGCAUGGGCCAGCUGUACAACGUGACGAACAUGUUCAUCGACCUGGUGCAGAGCAAACAGGCGUAUCCGGAGGGUAUGAUCACUCUGGUCGACGGUGUACCGGUUUUCGCGGACCCUCUUAAGGAGUGGAAGAUAAUAGUGACACAUUACGGUGGACUAGCUGGUCUCGCUCUGAUCGGACUCAUCCUGGCAGCUAUUCUCCCCUGUGCGGGUCUCUUUUUCUGCUGCUGCAGAUGCGCGGGGCAUUGCGGCGCCCGCAGCCAGCCCUUCGACAAAAAGCACGAUCACUGCAGGAAGAUUAUGCUCAGCAUCGUGUUGAUCGGGGUCGCCACUAUUAUUCUAUUCGGCGUGGUGUGCGCCUUCGUGACGAACGAGUACAUGCAGGAGGGAACCAAAGAGCUUCCGUGUAAAGCCAAGACUAGCCUGAAGGACGUCAAGCUCUAUUUGACUACCACGAAGCAGGAGAUCGACAAUUUGCUCAAGACCAAUCCCGAGGAGCUGGAAGUUACGCUCAACAAUAUCCUGCAGGCCAGCGGCAAAAUUGUUACCGAGCAACUGGCGGAAUACUCGCACGCUGUCUCCCUGACGAAUCUAAACGACAUCGUUGCCGGCUUGGAGUCGAUCAGGGAGGAUCUGAGAUUGAUGAAUAAGAUAACGCAGGAAUUGCGGAUAAACGCCAGUCAAUUGGACAUUGUCGUUCGUGGCGUCAAGAAAAACCUUCUUCACACGCUGGCUGCGUGUACGACUGACAAGUGCCAACGGGUUCUGCACGACUACAAAGUGAAUCAGAUGUCGGUACAGGUGGACUUCGAUAAGUACAUGGACCGUUACUUCCCAAAGCUUCUACUGCCGGACGUUACAUUCGCGUUACAUAACAUCACCGUGCUCAUGGAGAGUAAUAUAGUGUCGGAAGUGAGCCAGGGCAGGGAUUCGUUUCUGAAGAUUCAGAAGGAUAUACAGCACGCCGUUAAUCAGACGAUCCCGGUGGUCAGCGCGAGUAUCCGGCGAGCCUGUAACUUCCUGGCGAACAUCGCCAAUAAUAUGACUGCCCUCAUCGACAGGAUAAAUGUCGACAUAGAUAAAGUUUAUAUGCGGCAUUUAGAAGUUGCCCAGAACAAUAUAAAUCAGUAUUCGCCCUACAGAUACUAUCUUGGUCUUGGUAUAUCCGGUAUUCUUCUGACUGUAUUAAUGUGUUUGACGUGUGGUCUUCUCUGCGGUAUUUGCGGAAAGCGUCCGGACGGAUACGGAGAUGAUUGCUGUAAUAAGGGAUCAGGUGCAAGGUUUCUUAUGAUGGCUGUGUGGAUUAUCUUUCUUUUAACGAGCGUUCUGAUGGUUAUAACCGUUGUUCAUAUGAUAACCGGCGUUAUGGCUCAACGUGGUAUCUGCGAGCCUUUAAAGAAUCCGAAGGACAACAGGAUGUUCGAGCUGGUCGACGACCUCGUGCAGAUCAAGAGAUUGCUCUAUCCGAAAAAUCCUAAUGCGCACAUUAACAUGAGCUACAUUGUAACCAAAUGCCACCACAAUGAGACGCUUUACAACGUGUUGAAUCUGAAAAAUGUGUUUGACGUUGAGACGCUGCGCGAUUACAGUGGGCGUUACGACAUCAAUGACACCAUCCAACAGCUGCGCCGCAAGAUCAGCCUCUCUCCCGGUGUGGUGAUCCUGAAGGACAGCGCGAGAUCCAAGUUGAAUGAUCUAGCGCAGAGCGGUCUCAGCGACAUCAAGUUCUAUCAGUACGCCGAGCUGCUCGCCGAGAACAUCACGAAUAUUAACUUGGAACAUCUUGCCAAACAGUUGCGGGAGGUUUCCGCUAAAUUGCCGGAGGGACAAGAGGAAAUCAGGCUCAGUUUAGAGAAGAAUGCGCAUGACUUGGAACAUUAUCACAGAGACUUGGUCAUGCCCAUGGCCAUGCUCAGCGAGCAAUUGAGCGCAAACGCGCUGGCGCUUCAGGAGAACAUUAAGUUCAAUCAUAGCUCGAUGGCGGACGCCAUUCACGAUUUAGUGGAUGAAGUUACCAAGGCGCAGCAGUUCCUAAAUAAGGACGGGCCGGAAUACGUUCAAUACCUCGCUACUAAAUUUGGCAAUGCAUUCCUGCAUCAAGUGGACAAUUUCCUCGAGCACGUCAUUGAAUCUGCAAUGUUCAAGAUUGGAAGAUGUGCUCCCGUGUCGAAUGCUUAUAAUGCAACGCUCGUGGCAGGAUGCAACAGGAUCUUGGAUCCAUUCAACGGCUUCUGGGCGAGCGUCGGUUGGUGCUUGGUCCUAUUCAUACCAACGAUAGUGCUCUGUGUGAAGCUGAGCGCUCUGUAUCAAAAGUCGGAUCCAUAUCCGGGGCCUCUUGUCGAAGCUGAAUAUUUGUAUGACGCGUACGCAGACAGGGAUAACAUACCCCUCGCUCACGUCCACGACAAGAAGCACGUCUCCCACGGCAGGCAUCACCCCGCGGCGUACGUCGAGAGCUACGACGGGCCGGCGGUAGGGUACGGCGAGCGCGAGAGGAUCCCCGACGCCCACCAGAGCACGUCGCACCACGAAUCGAGAUACUCCGACCUGGCGCCCAAAAAUUGGGACUUCCCCAACGGUGGUCCGCCAAGGUAUCAACCAGCUGCCGGGGCUCCGCCUCCUUUAAGCACUGAAUACGAACGACCGCCGCCCUAUUACUAUCCUGGGCCGGGGGAUAGAAAUUAGGAAACAAGUGCCGUGGCAUGCACAAAAGCAGCGCUGAACAGUGUGGCGACGCACAGCCUCACGCGCAGUUACAAGCGAACGCUCAAGAAGAGAGAGAAAUCCGGAUGUAAGAGGGACUACGUAUAAUACUUCGUUUUUAUUCCCGAGCGUGCCACGGAUUGUGCUAACACCGAGACCAAGUUUAAUACAGACUGAAAUAGGCCAAUGAUCCUUUCCGCGACGUUUCCUCCUUCUGUGGGGCGCAAGUAACGGGUAACCGACGUAAAUGCGACGCAAAUUCCUCUUUCCGUUUAAGCGUCGCUUAAGAAUUAAUACUCAUGCGCUUCCGUACCGCGGAAGGAGCACCAUUCUCGAUUAAAAUGCAGACUCUGGGGAAUGCGAGGUCUCGCCGUUUCUCCCUUUCAACGUAAAGAUAAUGCCCGGAGUAUCAAGAUACACAUACGUUUUACGUAAGUCAGAGUAACCGUAUAGAACCAUAUAGAACAAAAGGUCGAUCGAGCACGAGAUGGAGUCAAAAGAGAAGAGAAUCAGAAGAUGAUGAAAAGAAUUCCCUUUCAUUUAAACGAUACGUAAAGACUGUGCGCGAUGAAGAACCUACGUAUUUCUACCGCGAUCGAGUUAUUUAGCACAAAUUAUUAAUGCUGCCAAUCCAGCGCCAAUCGUUUUCCGUGUGAGGAGGCCUCCUCUACCUCGAUACCGGACUGCCGAUCCAGCACUUUGGGCCACCAAGCAACGCCAUAUGAAAAUGCCAAACGACACUCACGUGCGACUUGCACUCGAAGGCACGCAUCGUUGUUGUGCCACGAGUGUCGCGUGGUUCAUCACUUCGGAUCUCGCUCGUCUUUAUGGUUGAGGAGGGAAAUAUAUUAUGAUAUUAAAUUCUUGUAUUCCGCCGGGUGCCGAUUUUCUGUCUCGUGGCGGAAGGAGAGAGAGAGAGAGAGAGAAAGAGAAAGAAAGAGAAUUUUCGAGCGGCGCGUGCGACCGCUCUAUUAUAAAUACUCUGUGUACAUGGAUUUUUAAGUAGCCGUUUUCUUAUUACUCUAUCUUACUGUGUAACUUUCUAUCGAUAUAAACCGAGGCGAUUCUUACGUCGUGUAGAUCGCGCCUGUAUGAUUCGCUUAAUCGGAUCUACGCGCUGUACGGAUUCUUCGAUCUAUGUAUUAUUGCAGCAUCCGUUGUCCCUCUCUCAUUCGAGUACAGUAAUUCGUCGGGCACGCAAAUGCAGAUGUUUUAUGCACGUUGAUUUAACUUUUAUAUAACGAAUCUAAGGAUCUACAUGGUGCAUCAUCGUUGUAGGUGAACCAGCCAAGGAUUAGUCGAAUCAUAGUUUUUGCUCAUCUAAUUGAUAUUACAUCUCUAACAUCGCUAAUUCUUAAUGACAUGUAUCACGUAGAUCCGUCACGUCCGCUGAAUCUGGAAACUUUUAGGAUCAAGAAAAUUAUGGAAAGAAAUUUUAACAUAUAAAUCAUUUGUAUCAUUUCCGAGGAAAAAAAAAAGAAGAAUUCCGAGAAAUCAAUCUGCUUAUUUAAAGGACUUGUCAUUUAAUGUCAAUUUGCAUUCGACAUUACUGCCAAAAAAAAGAAUUAUAAUAAGCGUUGCACAAACCCACAUAGCAAUUUCGAGAGAUUUUGUACCUCAUGACGUACCGAGGAUGCCUAUUGUCCGUUUAUAAGAUAUUCAACAAUGAAUACCCUUAGGAUGUAAUUACGAAAUUCGAUCCCAACAAUAUCGACUGAAUGUUUCUAAAUAUCUAAUGUUAUAUGGGAUAUUCUUAAAUAAUCCUACGGAUGAUUUUUUUAGUUUGGCUCGAAAUGGGAUCAAAUCAGAUAAUCCUACGGAGAUUUAUUUGCUAUGUGGGAAAUUGUUACUGUAACUGGAAGACAAGGGAUAUUAUGAAGGAUGUUGCGGAGUAAUGAGUAGGAACGGACCGACACCGAGACGCUCUGGCAAUUGCUCUCGCACGUGUACAGAGCGAAAGGUGAUAUUGAUAUUCAACUUGGCUGAAUUCUCGUUUACAUCCUGAUCCUUAUACUUAUUGUGCGAAUGAAUGAAACGCGACGUUUGUGUGACGUAAAGUUCUUUCUCGAGUGCGUGUAGCGUCGAAAGUUCGCCGAGGUCAGUUUUAAUUCUCGGUACAGCAUUCUCAGCGAUUUGAGAUUUGAGAGCAGAGAUUUGUGAGAGGUAUUAAAGGCAAAACUCACGUUCUGUAAUCUCCCUGAUGGAAAACGCGUCUUUGUGAUAAAGUCCUCUCGAGUUUCGUUGAAGUUUCCACGCACACCGAGUGAGUUUCCUUUUAACGCCUCUUGUUACACGAUAAGAUACGCCGACCGUGCUGGGAAGCGCCGAGCCUGAUCGGGUGCUGGCAAUCGGAAUUGCCAAAAAGUCAGUCACUCCUUUCCUUCGUGUAUCGUAUUGAGAUGCGGUGUGAAUGGGAGCACGAAAUCUCUAGGAUAUUAAUGAGAACGCGCGUGCGAGAAGUGCGAAUACCUGUGUGCGUGUGUACAUGUGAUGAGUGAGAGAGAGAGAAUUUGUCGCAAUUUAUAGCGAAGUAAAAUUUUGCAAAAGUCCCCCCGCUGUAUCAUUACCGUAUCUAUACCAGUAGCGUAAUCUUAUUGAAUCUACGUCUUAGUCUAUCGACACGAUGUACGUAUGCGUCACGCGAUUCGGAGGAACAAUGAUGUUGUUUAAAUUAAUGGAAUGUAAUAAUCGAAUAAUAAUGUAUGGAUUUCGCUGAAGAUCUUAUGCACGAUAGUCUCGAGCAUUAAGAAGACGAGCAUUAAAACGCGUUUCGGAGAACGAGUGCUGUCAAUCAGAGCACGAGAUAUCCCAGAGAGAAAAAUCUGUAGUGUAUCGCGCCUGAAAUUCUGCCGAAAAAGAAAAAUAAAAACACUGAAAUUCCUUGAUGCUAUUUUUAUAAUGAUAAUAAUGACGGUGUAGUGAUGACUCUUAUCGGGCACUCUUUCUCCACGUUCGCGAAUGCGUCGAGUAAACGCGAUGUAGAGCGCUAUCGAAAAGAAACGUUUUCCUUUAUCUCACCUUUUCUGAAAGAGUUGUUUGAAAUCGACGGAGUCGGAUUGGAGAGACGACGUAGAAACAGAUUCUUCGGUGUACAAAACACUGUAUUCUACAUUUACGGACACAAAUUAUUCGACUUGAAAAGUCAUAUGUUGUUUAUAAUCACUUUAUUCACAGUCUUUCAACAAUUGUUCAGAUUUCUUUUCAGCUUAACACGUACCCAUGCAUAAUCGAACGACUUGAUAGAUUUGUCUACCCAGUCCGAUUCGAGGGAUUGAUAAAAGAAUUUGUGCUUUUUUUCAUUGCCUGUCAUGACAUUGUUACAUUGAA